AUAAGCCUCAUACAAAUGUUGAGUGGCGGAGGGAUCGCUUUCGGCUUUCUACUCCAACAAUCAAUCAGUGACAUCGUGGGGGUGGAAACUGGAAAUUGUGAAGCAAAAUCCGAAGAGAUGGGAGGCAAAGACGCCAUGGCCACCACCCCGGGACUCCUCAAUAGCACUACCACAAAAUUCUCCGCAGAUUUAUCCCCAAAUUCCCUCCAUCGUCUCGAUGGCUUCCUUCGCUCCAUGGGAGUUUACUGGACUAGCUUUCCCUCUCAACACCAAGCCAAGGACUCUUUCUCUCACCUCACUCGCGGCAUCCUCAAAGUCCAACACAUCCACCCCGGCAAACUCACCUGCCUCCUCGUCGUCAAACCUGCUAUCAUGAAUGCUUUUGGUGGGAUGCACGGGGGUGCAGUUGGUUCCAUAGCUGAGAGAGUGGCAAUUGCGUGUGCUAGAACAGUUGCGGGAAAGGACAAAGAGCUAUUUCUUGGAGAAUUAAGCAUGUCUUAUCUCUCAGCUGCUACUGUUAAUGCAGAAGUGUUGGUUCAUGGGUCUGUCAUUAGGAGUGGAAGGAACUUAACUGUAGUUGCUAUGGAGUUUAGAUUGAAGGACUCCGAGAAAUUGGUUUACAUUUCUCGGGCAACCUUAUAUCACACACCAGUGGCAAGUUUGUGAAUCACCAACUUCUGGCUCAUGGAUUGAAUGAUCUGACUUGGGGAGUUACUGGCUUAUGAAUGUUAAUAGGGGCACAAGUAACAGUGAGACUUUGUUAUAGUGGUUAUUGAUUAAUGAUUUUCUUGGUGUAUUUAAGACAAAAUUAAUGUAGUACAUCUUAUACCUACUAUAGUACAGUACUCAAAUCCAUGAAUAUUUGGUGGCAGUUAAUAGAGGCAAACAUGAUUUGUUGUGCCUAAAGGUAUUAUUAUUAUUUUACAACAAACAUUGAUGUAUAAGUGAAGAAACAACCUAAUGGCAGCAAAGUGAGGCUAUUUCAGAA